AUGAGGGCUGCGCAAGUACUUUGGAAGAAUGGCACGACUAAGUCCCAACUCAUGAAGGAGGUCUUCGCCACUGUUAAGAACAAUCCAGCGCCUGUGAAACCAGAUGUACAACGGCUCGCUCCGGAUACAAAGUUCCUCGUUUAUAGGACGUACAAUCCGUCUCUUACAAAAGAUGAUUUUCAAUCGUUGGUAUCGAUGAUCAGUGAUAAGGCAAAAUCAAAGGUAUUGAUGAACUCUUUUGACGUGUUCAAGUAUAGAGAUCCCAAGUUCUUCACGUUUCUCGAUCGUUAUAUAUUGAGAUUCCCGACUAAUCAUAUAAUGAAAGAAUAUUUGAUGGCAUCGCGGUUGAGUCUUUUAGAUGACAGAGCCGUUAAAUUCAAGGCAACAGACGUGGAUUCCUUGCAGCAAGAUUAUGCUAGAUACUAUAGAAACUUGGUUAAUGCCAGUAAAUCAGGGAAAGCUUAUUUUGAUGAAGUUAAGAAUCCUGUACCUAAAGAUUUGUCCGUGAACUGGUCACGUCUACAGACAAUAGAACAUAGAUCGCUUUUAGUCUGGAAUUUACCAGAAAACUGGGACCACCUCACCGUCUUUAGAAAGUUUUGGUGGUACGAUAUACAUCACAGCUUCCAAGUCUUUGUGAACUAUGAAAGGAAUACCAGGUUAACGUUCAUUCAUUUCAAUAAUGUUAGAGAUGCAUGUCUGUUCAGAAACAAUUUCCAUGGGGCGUUAGUGGAAGAUAAUAGAUUACUAAUAGAAAAGCUUUGA